CCAUGGGUAGGCGGCACAGGCCUCGGGAAUGCGAACUUGGGAAAGUCGGGUCGGGUCAUUGAGAAGCUCAUGGCUGAGAACGACAAACUCAAGAGAGAGAUCAAAUCGGAGGCCGCAAAAAGAGAAGAGUUACAACGUACGGCAAAUGCACAAAAGCCUCGGCUGGAAGCUCUUCAGGCGGAAAAUGCACGGCUAUCACACUGCAAAGCCGUGGACGAGAGUGUGAUUAAGCGCCGAGACCGCAAAAUCGAGGACCUCAAGGCCGAGCUGGAUGUUGAACGACAGAAACGAGAGUCCUUGGAACACCGGGUACAGGAUGCCGAGCGCAAGAUGGGCGAAUAUCAUGAGCACAGCAACAAAGAAGUCCAGCAGGCCGUUGAAGAAGCCAAGCACGCAACCACUCACGCCUCAAUCCUCGAGACUUCACAUCGUCAACUAUCGUCCGAAUACCGACAGCGUAUCGCAGCGGCUAACAAGCAACUACGAGAGCUGAACGACGAUCGAGAGGAGGAUCGGAAACGUCUGAUCAAGCUGGAUGUCGUCAAUCACCAAAUGCGUCAAGAAUCGGAGAAAGCAAGAAAGCUGUAUAACGAGCUGCUGGCAGCAUCGGACAGAUACAGGGAAGAGAAGGACUCUGAGGUUGACGACGUUCUCGGAGAUGUGAAGGACCUGAAGGGUGGCAUCAGCAAUCGUGAGGUGGAGCUUGACAAGACCUUGGAGGAGAUGCACGACACCAUGAAUCGCAUGAAGUGGCUCAUGAACAUGCAGAAA